UCGACCGCUCUUGUAAUCAUUGUGCUCAUCGUUAACGAAACUUUCAUGACUGCUGUUCUACCAGUGUCUCCUGAAGUCCUACUCAAAUUUUGUUACAGGAAUGUGUACCGUUCUUUGUGUCAGGAGGUUGCACAGACGGGACUAUUCAACAUGUCGGAAUGUUUGACAGAGCAGCCCGAGUCGUAUCACAGUACCAAGGAUGUCACACCCUCCUAUACAACCAGCUCCACUCCAGGUCCCUUCUUAGCUCCUCUACACGACUGUCAUGAGAGGCUUAGUUUCCAAAAUGGGUUGCUCCUGGCAACAAAGUUCUUGAUGAGGAUCUUGCUGACUGUUCCUACAAGCUCGCUCGUUGAUAAAAUUGGACCGUUUUUAACGUUUUUCUUCAGUACACUCUUGACUCUGGCCGCCUGUUUGAUGAUGGGCUUUGCUGACUCGAUCCUGGUACUUUUUCUAUCGCGAGCACUCCAUGGCAUCGGUGCGACUGGAGUGGAAAUCGCAGGAAUUUCUUACUUAGCCGUACGAUACCAAGAUGAUGAGAACAAGAAAGGAUUUGUUUUUGGUUUGGUGAUCAGCGGCUUUGCUUUCGGAACACUUAUCGGUCCAACUUUAGGUUCUGUCCUGUAUGGACUAGUAGGUCAGUCUGCUCCAUUCCUGGUCAUCUCUGCUGUAUUAAUUGCUUCUGUAGUUUUUAUUCCAAUCUUCAUGCCUGUGGACAUACGACCUCCUUUAACAGAAGAGGGGUCAUCUGCUCUUACCUUAAUAAUGAAUCCUUACACCAUACUGGUCUCGGUUCUCGCUUUGAUGACCACGAUGGGCAUGGCCUACGCUAGUGCAACCCUUCCAAUCUGGCUUCGAUCAACUUUCCUCACACCAGACUGGCAAAUAGGUCUGAUUUUCAUUCCAACCAGUAUCAUGCACGUUAUAUCAGGACCUCUUAUCGGAUACUGGAAUAAAAAAUUGAAAAGAUGGAGGUGUAUGUUUGUUGGGGUGUUAGCGAUGGCCAUUGGUAUUUCCACGCUUCCACUAGCUCACGGGAUCUGGCACCUGAUUCCCUCUAUGAGCAUCAUUGGAUUUGCCUUUGGUACUGUUGAUAGCACCGUAAUGGGAAUAAUGUAUCGAAUUGUAGAAGUUUGGUAUAACGGCGCGCACAGCUUGGCUGCCGCCGUUUUCGUCUUUAACUUUUGUCUUGCGUACACAAUAGGUACGAUGACUUCAGGUUUUAUUGUCGGAUAUAUUGGAUUUAAUUGGACUAUGUGGAGCUUAUCGAUAGCCAUUCUCGUGUCUUCACCAUUUUGUUUACUGCUCAGUCGAAUUCCAGAAGAGAAAGAAACCCUACCAUCUCCUGAUCAAGAUGUUCUGUUACCGAACUGUCCACCCGAGACAAUAGAAGAUAAACCACAACCAUCGCUUGAUGAAACCAUACGCUUGAUCAAAGGAUGAUAGCAAACUAUCGUAAACACGAUCACAAGAUGUUGCAUUAUAUAUAUACCAAAAUCAUGUUUCCCAUUUUGUAAAGCAUCACCGUGAUGUUCCCACAUUUCAAACAGUCUCACAACACUUAUACUUUAUAAUGUGCUCCGGCAAUAAUUAUUGUUUCCGCGGACAACAGUAUUUCUGACAUUAACUGAAUUCCUGAUUUCAACCAUGAAACUAUACAAACCGUAUUACAUAACCUAAAAACCAAACCACGACCCUUAUAUUCCUUAGCCUAUUUUUGACAUAGCGAAACGGGGAGCAAACGUCCCCGGAACAUGUAUCAGAUUACUUGCAGACACUUACUGCCUGUUACUGGUGCUGUAUACCACUAUGAUGCCUUUACAAAUUUGUGUUCUUUAUUUUAUGUUUCAUCAAAGAAGUACGCUCUAUGAUUAAAAUCAAAUUAAUUUCUUUCCAGAUUGUUACGGCAGCAAAUUAAAGUGUGCUCGUAAAGAUCUGUAAUACUGUUUUAACUUACUUUACCAAAACUCUCUAUAAAUAUUAUGAAACUAAGUUUUAGGGGUUUGCUUCUUUAGCAUGCCCCUCCGUGUCAUAGUAUUUAGAUCAACAAUGUUUCGUUAUAAUUUUCGGUUCUUCAAUAUUUCUCAUUUAUACAAUUCUAUCACAUUGUUUUAUGUCAUUGUUGAAUUUAUAUGUACUUUGUACAUGUUUAAAUGUGUUCAUAUUGAAACGGAAAUAUAUAUAUCAAUUCAAAUCAAAUUAAGGUCAAUGGUUGAAUGUAAUGGUAAUUGAUGAGGACACCACCAUAAAUACUCUUUGAAAAUAGUUCAAAUUUCCUCUUCCGAACUCGAGGAACAUGAUAAAGGGAUACAAAAACUCUUUCUUGUGAUAUCCCGAACGCGUCACAGCGCCAUCAUCAUUCAUGUAGCAGUCGGCGUAAACAAAGGAGGCGUAUACUUGGA